AUUUUUUGAGAAAAAAAUUUAUAGCAUAAAUUAUAAAUUAUAUUUUUUAUUACUCUUUUAAUAUUUUUAAAUUAUUUUCCUAGAAAGUAUGAAGCAUUUAAAAAUCUCACUAAAUAAAAAAAUAAAAUAUAUUUUUUUCAAUAUAUCUCUUUAAAAAUAAAUAAUUUAUUUAUUUUGAACGAUUUAUUUUCAGCCACAAAUUCUAUCCGACCUAGUUAAAGCACCAACUCUAACUCCCAAAAAAUAUUACUUUAAGUAUUUUGAGAUAGAGGUUGUAGUAAUUUUGGACCAAAUAAAUCAUUUUUAUAUGAGCAAGGAUUUUUCCUCCAUGAUAUCUCAUCUGGAAAUUGCACCAACUAAAGCAAACACCAAGCUUCAUUAUGGAUUCUUUGCUGUUUUUCUCUAGCUUUUUAAUAGUUAUUUUGCUGGCUAUUUCACUCCAAAUACUUUUCUUCUCACCAAUAUCUCCUGACAUUCUUGAAAUUCCUUCUGCCUCUAAAACCUUCACCACUUCAAUUACAUCAAAUAACUAUUUGCAGAGAGUAAGUAAACUUGGAGAAGGAUUUCUAGAUAGACCAGAAGAUGUCGCAGUGGACAAAAUGGGAGUUGUGUAUACAGCUACUAGAGAUGGUUGGAUAAAAAGAAAGCACAAAAAUGGAACUUGGGAGAGCUGGAAGUAUAUUGGAGGUGAUUCAUUAUUGGGACUUACAGUAUCAUCUACUGGUGAUAUCAUAGUUUGUGACACUCAAGAGGGACUACUUAAAGUUAGCGAAGAUGGUGCGAGUGUUCUUGCUUCACAUGUCGAUGACGAAAAAAUAAGAUUUGCAGAUGAUGUGGUGGAAGCAUCAGAUGGGAAUCUAUACUUCAGUGUCGCGAGCACCAAAUUUGGAUUCCUUGAAUGGUACCUUGAUGUGCUCGAGGCCAAACCUCAUGGUCAGCUUCUCAAAUAUGAUCCUUCACUGAACCAGACGUCUGUACUUCUGGAUAACUUGGCCUUUGCAAAUGGGGUCGCUCUCUCUGCAGAUCAAGAUUACUUAGUUGUCUGUGAAUCGUGGAAAUUUAGGUGCCUUAAAUAUUGGUUGACAGACGAAAUCAAAGGACAAACAGAUAUCUUCAUCGAUAAUCUUCCUGGUGCACCAGAUAACAUCAAACUUGCUCAAGAUGGUUCUUUCUGGAUAGCUUUAUUGCAGUUAACUGCUCCAGGGCUAAAUUUCAUACACAAGUCGAGAUCUUCAAAACAUUUGCUGGCAACUUUCCCAAAGUUGAUGAACUGGGUGAUUGGAGUACACCACCAAGCUAUGGUAGUGAAUGUGGCAGCUGAUGGAAAGAUAACCAAAGGCUUUGAUGAUUCAACUGGAAAGGUCAUGUCAUUUGUGACAUCUGUGUUGGAGUAUGAGGACCAUCUAUAUUUAGGAAGUCUCCAUUGUGAUUUCAUAGGAAAGUUGCCACUGACAACCUCAACUGUCUAGCUAGCCACUGCUUACUUGCUCAUUUUAUGGUCUGCACAAUUUGUAUCUCUUGAUUCCUAGAAUGUAUCCCAAGCAAAUCUAAGAAAUAUCAUAGCUAGCUAAAAUUAGACAACCAGAACUAGCUAACAAGGAUAUUCAUGAGGCCUUCAUCACCUAUUGUUGGCUGUUAAGUGCUCA